AUGACACUUUCAAUAGAGUGCAAGGUUAUCAGAAAGAAGAGAAGUACGGGGGGAAGGAAACCCAAGUCAUUUUUCCAAAAAAUUCCCUCGGAGCUUCAAUCAAACAUCUUUGAAAGGUUGUGCCGGAAAGAUCAGUCGAGAGCUAUGUGCGUCGCACACUCAUGGCGUGAAUGCAUCCUAAAUACAACAUUAUCAAGAGAAGAAACACCCCAAUCGUUGGCAAGAUUGUUAGAAAAACCACCUCCAGAUCUAAAUUUGCACAAAAUAUUCCAUUGGUGUUCCCAAGUAAUGUGUUGCAUGGUCGGUCGUAAAGAACUUAUUGACACAUGCAACGGGUUACUCUUAUUUUGUCACAACAGAGGUCAGGCUCAAAAUAUCACACAUGAUAUUGACCACUACUAUGUUUUGAAUCAUGCCACAAAACAAUGUGUGGUUGUUUCAAAGCCUGUACAAACCUCAGGAAGGUAUUCAUAUGCAACUCUAAUAUAUGAUCCCGCUAAGUCUUGGUAUUUCAAAAUCAUGCAUUUUCAGGGUCAUCGUUACGUUAACAUUUUCUCCUCGGAGAAUGGUGUUUGGACUACCUUGUCUCUUAGUUUGCCUGAAUCUUUCAUUGCAUCUUGUUGGAUUAAAAAAUCCGUUUACUUGAAUGGAUCUGUUUAUCGACUCACCGACUCAUGUCAUUUGAUUAAAAUAAGAGUCGAUCCACAGGAAAAUGUUUCGGAGCAAGCUGAGAUAAUACCACUCACUCCCGACAUUCUCUCAGAUAAUAUUUCCCAUUGGGAAUUAAGUGUCAAGGGUGGAAAACUAUUUUUUGUCAUCAUGUCUACAGAUGUGAACCUAAAGGUUUAUGAACUUGUUGAGUGCACUACAAGGAAUGUUACCUCCUACUCAUGGUACAAUGUUCAUAGAAUUGAGACUAGGAGUUUGUUUCCCCUUACCAGUGUCAAUCUCUCGUUGUUUCACCCUUACUAUGAAGUAGCUUUUUUCAAACGCCAAGAGAAUUUACUUUGUUACUUCAAUCUAAGUAAUUAUUUCAACAUCCCAAUUAUUAAGGAGGUUCCAUACCAUGAUGAUCUUUAUGGCUAUUUAAGUUGGUGCCAUCCCGCUUUGCUUCAAAGCUUCAAGCCUUUCAUUUGCUGCUUAAAUAAAGAGAAAUCAAGAGUUUUUCAGCGGCUAUCCGGCUACCCACUUCACAGUGAUAUGGUUGAUGAUGUUGGCUCGGCUGUGUCGUCAAAUUGA